CUGUCCUGCUUGCGCAUCAUGGCGGCGCUCAGCUGGUAGUGACUAGUGACUUGUCCGAUGAUACUCAGUGAGAGAUAUGUGACGUCUAGUGCGUGACGGCCGAUAUCUCGAUCGUGUUAGCCGAGCUUGACAUCCAGCUUGAUUUUCUGACGAAUGUCAUCGCGUGACAGUGAACAAUGGGCUAUAACGAGCAGCGAUCUAGCCAUUAAAAUGACAACGAGCAAACGAGCGUCGAACGUUGUUACGCUGCACAGGCUCCUGUAAAUUUGCGCGGUGGGGAAAUCGAGAUCGAAGGAUCUUGCACGGAUGCGACACGAAAGCGACGAACAAAGCUGAUAGCAGACAUGGGCAAUUGCUUGAAGCGCGCGGGCGGCAAUCAACAGGACAAUACGACUUUGCUGAGCAACAAUCCCGAGCCCAACGUAUCCACCAGUGGAUCUUCGCAGGAGGGCCUUGGACCACCGAUUCCCUACAACCAAGCAACUUAUUAUCCAUCAAUUGCAACAAGGGAACGUCACUUGCAGUCCACCAACUUGAACAUUGGUCGUGGGAUUGGAGUCAAUUUAGUGCAGAGUAGUGGCUCGGGUGGUUUGAGCGAAGAGGAACAACAGGUGAGGAUCGCCAAGCGUAUUGGACUGAUACAGCACCUGCCGAUGCGAGAAUACGAUGGUGCGAAGAAAGGCGAGUGCGUGAUAUGCAUGAUGGAGCUGCUGGUAGGCGAAGAGGUCCGUUAUCUACCCUGCAUGCACACCUACCACGCGAUCUGCAUCGAUGAUUGGUUGCUGCGCUCAUUGACUUGUCCAUCAUGCAUGGAGCCGGUGGAUGCGGCGCUAAUUAGCUCAUAUCAUCCGACUACUUAAUACCAGAGUGACUGAAAUUUUAUUUGGUUCGGCCGAUCGGCGAAUCGGAAUUAAAUUAUCAGGCUAAACGUGUGAAGCAAGCGAGAGAGAGAGAGAGAAAGCGAGAAAAAAAGAAAGAAGGGAAAAAGAAACUCGCUACUUUUACUAGAGCAUAUUAAAGGCUUCAAGGUUAGUAGAGAGAUCGUGUGUUAAUGGCCUGACUAUAUUUCGCCGUUACACUCGAUUUAUACAUGCGUGCUGUUUAAUAAUAAUCUCUUUAUCUCAAUACACACCUAUUACAUCUGCAAAAGCGGAUUUUUUUUUAGAUCGUUUCCUGCGAUAUAAAGGAAAGUGAAAGUUUUAUUUCAAUUAUAUAUAUACAUAUAUAUAUAUAUAAUAUAAUAUAUAAAUUCUAUGGAAACACAUCACAUCCCAAAUCCUUUUCCUCGUAGUGAGUUAAUCGCUUGUACAUUAAUUUCUUAUAUUAAACGAAACAGAGAAGAGAGAAAAAGAGAAAGGGUUAAACAAAGUGAAUUGAUAUAAGAGUGCAAUAAAGGAGUUCAGCACGUGCGUACACAUACAUAUAUUAAAAUAUACAAAAUCUUAUUUUAUUUUUAACAGUCAAAUGUCUGGAAAUUGCAGUUUUAGAUAAAAAUAUAUCUUUCAGAUAUUUGACUAUCAAAAAUAAAAGAAA